AUGAGUACUAAAUAUGGGGCAACAAAUAACGAUGACAAAUUAGUAAAUGGUAACAAGAAUAUCAUCUACAAGGAAAUCGAUAUUAGUGUUCCAUGCCGACGACGACGAUGGUGGAAAUUAAGCCAGAACCUCUUAUACGGUCUAGGCCAUAUCUACAACGACCUUUGCGCAGCCAUGUGGUUUUCAUACAUGAUGUUGUUCUUUCAAGCGGUACUCGAAAUGAGGGCCGUAGUCUCCGGUGCCAUGAUGCUUUUAGGCCAAGUUGUGGAUGCACUCGCUACUCCAAUCGUAGGUGUACUGGCAGAUAAAUAUAGUACCAAGAAAGCUUGGCAUUUAUUAGGAUGUGUGCUAGUAACAACUACUUUUCCACUAUUAUUCAUUCGAUGUUGGAGUUGCUGGGCAUCAAAUACUGCAGAAUAUUUAAAAUGGUGGAUGCCAUUAUACUACGCCGUUUUGAUUAUAAUCUUUCAAAUUGGAUGGGCUAUUGUACAGAUCUCACAUUUAGCUAUAAUACCUUCUAUUACCGAUAGCCUGCAGAUUCGUUCUGAGUUAACUUCUAUAAGAUAUAUGGCUUCAGUUCUAUCGAGCUUAACCGUGUAUUUUAUUACUUGGAUUGUAUUGAGAGCAUCCAAUUACAGCACAUUUAUUGGACCAACCGACGACUAUAAGUUCCGAAAUGUAUCAUUAAUCAUUUCUUCCAUCGGUGUAGUGUCGUAUGUCAUAUUCCACGUUUUCUUUAAAUUAAAACCUGCAAGCGAGCCGAAACUAAAUGGGCACAUCGGGGAAACUACGGAAAUCGAACCUCUUAAGCUAUCAGCGAAAUCGAAAAUAAUGCAUUUUUUACAAAUGCCAUUGUUAUAUCAAACUAGUUGCCUAUAUGUAUUCUCAAGACUAUAUUGGGCAUUAAGUUUAGUGUAUGUGCCACUGUUCCUAGAAGAACGUUUAUCAGUUAAUCCAACUGAGGGUUCUGAAAUGGUCGCCAGUGUCCCUCUCGUUCUUUACAUAUCUUCAUUGAUAUUUUCAUUUCUUUUAAAGAGCAAGAUUAAUAAAAUGGGGCAUCAGGUGGCGUACCUCGUGGGAAGCUCUUUAAGCUUAAUAAGCUGUAUGUGGAUUGCUCUAGCUAUAGGUCCAGAUGCUCAUGUAUGGCAAAUAUAUUUAGUGGCGACAUUAAUGGGUGCUGGAAGUUCGAUUACGCUGGUGUCCAGUUUAUGUGUAACUGCAGAUUUGAUAGGACCACACUCGCAUCAAGGCGCUCUUAUAUAUUCCAUUGUUACAUUCGCAGACAAAUUGGUCACUGGCAUAGCUGUAGUGGCUAUCGAAAACUAUAAAUGUGACGACAUACUAAGUUGUCCACAAUACUAUAGAGGAGUUUUAACAUUUGCUUGUGGAGGAAGUGCGGUACUUGGCAUUCUAUCUCUCUCAAUAACAGCUAUAAGCUCCAGAGGCUCCAAAGUUACACCUCAAAUA